AUGGCUAAGAGGGAGGUUAUGGUGGCGGCCUGGCGAGGAGCCAACGCCCCACUCCCUAUUUCUCCUGCACUUCUCCCCCAUUCUCUCCAUGCACAAGAUCGGAGGUGCCUUCCGAUCCAACCGCCCCAGCCAGGUCGAACGGCGCUGCCCUUACCAUCGGCGGGAUCGGGACGCCGGCCUUACUCGCGGUCCUCCGCCCCACCCAGCUCGCUCGAGCGCCGCCACCCUCCUCCGCGCCCAGCCCACUCGAACGACGCUGCCCUCCCGAUCGGCGGGAUCGCAGCCGCCUCCCUCACCCACGGCAUCCUGCUCCGCACACGCGUUAACACCGCCGGCCGCACCCAGGACUGCCUCCUCCGCAACCGCGAGAAUGCUGCUGCCCGCACCCGCGAGAUUGCCGCCGCCCUCCUGAAGGUAGUACAAUCAUACCCGCAACUCCGGAGUAUGAGAGAAACAGGUUGGCAAGAAUUUAGAGACGCAAGGCUGAGGAGGCAGGGCCUCUUGCGAACAUGUGGAACAUAGCUAAUCAAUUUAUAUACGGUCAGAAUGCAAAAGACAAAGAGAGGCGCAAAUAUGAUGAUGGUAGCAAUGGAUCCGACUAUGAGCCAAAUGAUGAUGAGGAGGGCUGAUGGUGCCGAUGAGGUUUCUGGAGAAGAAGAGGAGCAUGAGCCAACUCUACAUAUGUAAAUGAAAAGGUACUAUAUCUUAGUGUCAUACAUAGUAGAUAAUACCUUUCUUUCUACCAUGUUCAUGAACUUGUGUAUAUCAUUUUUGAGUCACUAGACCGUUGGUUUUCCAAUUAGUGCUUUCCUGUCUUGCUGGUACAUGGGUGUUGGUGAGCUGAUAAACAUUUUAAAGGGGAAAAGAGAGAAGGAAUAGUCGAUUUUAUGUUCAUUAAAAUAGAGUA